CAGUCUCCAUCCAGGGCGCAUCUCACUCAUCCUUCUCCUUGGUGACGUCUGCUCUGAUCAGCAGCUCUCUGGAAGCCAAGAUGAGCGGCUCUAAGCUGGAGCAGGCCAUUUCAGCCUUGAUCGACCUGUUUCACAAACACUCGGGACCCGAUGACACCAUCGAGAAGGAGGCCCUGCUGCAGCUGCUGAAGGAGAACUUCCCCAACUUCCUCAGUGCCUGUGAGAAAAGGGGCAGAGAUUACUUGUCCAAUAUCUUUGAGAAAAAGGACAAGAAUAAGGACCAGAAGAUUGACUUUUCUGAGUUCCUGUCCUUGCUGGCGGACAUAGCCUCAGACUAUCACAACCACAGCCAUGGAGAGGAGCUCUGUUCUGGGGGAAAUAAGUGAGUCCAGAGGCCUCCAGACAACCCAAGAAACAAUAAAGUGUCUUUUCUCACCAGAAA